AUGCUGCAACAACUCUUUUCAUCAACCAAUCUGAUCGUAUUGGCCAUCAUCACUCUAAUUUUUCUAAUCGGAUCCUAUAUACUGUUGAGAAGAUUGGCAAAGACACAAACGACAAUAUGGAAGCUAUCUGAUUUUACAUUCAUCUCGGCCGAUGAUUUAAAUAGCGAUCGAUUCGGAUUGAAGAACAAACAGAAAAAAGUUCAAGUCAAUAAUCCACUCUUUAUACAACGACACAAGAACAAGGCUGAACAAUAUUCGGUUUUGAAUGAACCUGAUUUGGAUUUGAGUAUAAUUCUUCCGGCCUAUAAAGAAGAGAGUCGGAUUCAUGUCACUCUUCAAGACACUUUUCAAUAUCUUGAAAGGAAAAUUGAGAAAAAUCAACAAUUUAAAUGCGAAAUGAUGAUUGUAGAUGAUGGAAGUACAGAUAAUACCGUUGGAGUAGUUGUUGAUUUUAUAAAAGAUUACAUCAAUAGAAAUCCAAACAUUGACAUCCAAUUAUUACGAUUGAUUAAAAACAAAGGAAAGGGAUUUGCAGUCAAGCAAGGAAUGAUUAGAGCUCGUGGAAAAUUAAUAUUAUUUGCAGAUAGUGAUAAUGCUACAGAUAUUAGAGACUUGGAUAAAUUAUUGACCAAGAUGGCAGAAAUGAAACAACAAAAUAAUUCCAAGAACGGAUACAUGGUUAUUGGAAGCAGGCAUCAUUUAAUGGAGGGAGUGAAACGUGAAAGAAAAUGGUAUAGAAAUAUUACCAUGUAUGGCUUUCAUUUUCUGGUUUACUUUGUGGCAAAUAUUACAAAUAUUUCUGAUACACAAUGUGGAUUCAAGCUUAUGGACAGAGAUGCUGUCAGACAGGUACUUCCAAACAUGAAAAUAGAUAGAUGGUGCUUUGAUAUUGACCUCAUUCAUAUUUGCAACACUAUGAAAAUUCCAAUUUUCGAACAUCCAGUAAAUUGGACAGAAAUUGAGGGUAGCAAGGUCAACAUUUGGGGUAUCAUUGGUAUGGCCCGUGACUUGUUCCUCAUUCGAAUGUACUACACUCUUGGUAUUUGGAAGGUUGUUGAAAAUCCAAAGCUUGAACCUUCAUUAAAUUAA